GCUGAUUUCCGUUUUCUCUAGGUUUGAAUCAAAUUAUCCAGAUCUUAAGAAAGAUAGUAAGCAUUCUUACAACUAAUAAGAUUCCCUUUUCAGCUCAGUGCUUGUGUACAUACCAUUGUACAAUUGAGGAAAAUUAGUAUAUAUAAAUAUAUAUAUAUAUAUUUAUAUAUAGGUAUAUACUCAAGGGUAGAAGCUGAAAUCAGGGAAGGUGCAUUCUCGAUCCCUAGAAAGUGUAAUUAGCUAUUUCUUUUCCCACUCUCGGUUCCAAAGCUCCUUUUUCCUUUUUAUUUUCUCUCUUCAAGAUGGCCGAAUAUGAGAUGGACGACCUUGGAGAUGAGAACCUGACGAUUAGCAACGAGGGUAUCCAGGAGGACGUCUCCACACUUCUACGUAGUAAGCUUGGUAAUGAGGAGUGGAGUUCGGUGAAGGUGGAUAUCUGGGUGGAGGAUAUCAUCGGGGCGAUUCUGAAGGAGCUGGCGGAGCUCAAAAAGCCUUUUAAGUAUGUGGUAAAUUGCACGAUUAUGCAACGUACCGGCGCGGCGAUCGCGAGCGGAUUCGCGAGUCUGUGGGAUAAUACGAAGGAUGGAGUCGUUCACGUCCCCUUCGAGAAUGAUUCGCUGGUGUGCACUGUUACGGUGUACUUUCUGAAAUUGAACUGAUGGGUUUCUGCCGAACCUUACGCUCUUCUUCUUCUUCUCUUAUAUCGUCUUUCUAGGGUGUAUGCAUCUCAUUUGUUCAAGCAAAAUACAACGAAAAAGGGAGGGGGGUAACGAGACGCUUGUGCAGAAUGGUGGAAUAGUACAAAAGAGAGAAUUGAGUGUGACAAAUUAAGCUGUAAUACUUAGCUUAUGGGCUUGAUUUUCUUUGUUUUCUUCCUUGUAUUUCCAUAUCAUAUUUUCCAUCAUCAUAGUCAUCUGAGUGAAGUAGUGAGAGGCCAAGGGACCCUUUGAUGUAUCUAUACCCAUUACCACAUAUUCUCAAAAAAAAAACAGUUUAUCUCGUUGUGAUAAGCUUUCUGUCGUUGUGGAUGUGCAGAAUUACUACUUUUUCAUUCAUCUCCCUUUCUUUGUUAUUAUAAUGAUUGACUUGCGUCUUUUUGUUUUUUUUUUGUCUUACUGACGUGUGUAUGUUGCACUGUAUAUACUAUAAU